AUGGAUGAGUACGAGAAUUACGAGUACGAUGCCGAGUUCGAUGGCGAAGCUGAGGAGGGCAUCACGCCCGAGGAUUGCUGGACAGUCAUUUCCUCCUACUUUGACACAAAGGGUCUGGUGUCACAACAGAUCGACUCAUUUAAUGACUUUCAAGAGACUACCGUCCAGGAGUUGAUUGAUGAAUACUCUCACAUCAGUCUCGACCAGAACAACCCUCCAGACUCGACACCCGACCGUCCCAUAAGAGUUCGUCGAUAUGAACUCAAGCUCGGCCAUAUUGCAGUCUCCAGGCCUGUUAUUACAGAAGGUGAGGGUAUCAUGGCACCGCUCCUGCCUUACGAAUGUCGCGAUCGAAACUUGACGUACUCGGCUCCGCUCUACGUUAAAAUCACCCAGAAGCGCUCUGUCUGCGUGGAGUAUCCUAUUCCCGACGACCAGCUUGACGAUGAACAGUACGAAGAAUUCAAGCGGACUGGUGAACGACCUGGCCACCUUGAGUGGGAGGAAGAAGAUGUCCCGAUUCCAGCAACCACCAAGGAUAGUUCUAAGGACAAGGAUCCCGACAUGGUUUUUAUUGGAAAGCUGCCGGUGAUGGUCAAAUCCAAGGCCUGCCAUUUGGCACACGAGACUGAAGAUGACCUUUUCCUCUUGAACGAGUGUCCAUAUGAUCAGGGUGGAUACUUCAUCAUCAACGGCAGUGAGAAGGUUCUCAUUGCGCAGGAGCGUUCUGCUGCCAACAUCGUCCAAGUCUUCAAGAAGGCUCAGCCCAGUCCAUACUCAUACACGGCUGAAAUCAGAAGUGCGCUGGAGAAGGGCUCGCGCUUGAUUUCAUCUCUGAUGCUCAAGCUGUACGCCAAGGGUGGUUCUAGUGGAACACAUGGUCAGACAAUUGCCACAACUCUGCCAUAUGUGCAGUCUGACCUGCCUAUUGGUAUUGUUUUCCGUGCCCUUGGUGUCGUCUCGGACGAGGACAUUCUGAACCAGAUCUGCUACGACAGAAACGACAGUCAAAUGCUGGAAAUGCUGCGGCCGUGUAUUGAAGAGGCUUUCUGUAUUCAAGACCGUGAGGUCGCACUUGAUUUUAUUGGCAAGCGUGGAAAUCAAGUUUCCGGCUUUACAAGAGACCGACGUGUUCGCGCCGCCAGGGACAUUCUACAGAAGGAGACUCUUCCGCACAUCUCCCAGAGCGAGGGUUGCGAAACGAGAAAGGCCUUCUUCCUGGGCUACAUGGUACACAAGCUCCUGCAAUGUGCCCUCGGUCGCAGAGACACUGAUGACCGUGAUCACUUUGGAAAGAAGCGUCUGGACUUGGCCGGUCCUCUUCUCGCCAAACUUUUCCGAAAUAUUGUCCGGAAGCUUACCAACGAGAUCACCAUGACGCUCAAGCGUUGUGUUGAGCAGAACAAGGACUUCCAGGUUCAAUUCGGUAUCAAAUCUGGUAUUGUCACCAAUGGUUUGAAAUACUCUCUCGCCACUGGAAACUGGGGUGACCAGAAGAAGGCCAUGAGUUCGACAGCUGGUGUGUCGCAGGUGCUGAACAGAUACACCUUUGCAUCUACAUUGUCUCAUUUGCGUCGAACAAAUACGCCUAUUGGGCGUGACGGAAAGCUUGCCAAGCCUCGUCAGCUGCACAACACCCAUUGGGGUUUGGUUUGCCCUGCAGAAACACCAGAAGGUCAGGCCUGCGGUCUCGUCAAGAAUCUGUCUCUCAUGUGCUCUGUGAGUGUAGGUACUAGCACUGAGCCCAUCAUCGAUUACAUGAUUACUAGAAACAUGGAAGUUCUCGAAGAGUACGAUGCUGUGCGCUACCCCAACGCCACAAAGAUCUUCCUCAAUGGCUCGUGGAUUGGUGUCCACCAGGACCCCAAGGCUCUGGUCAGAGAUGUCCAACAGCUCCGUCGCAGCAAUCAGAUUCCUGCCGAGGUCUCCCUGGUUCGUGACAUUCGUGACCGAGAGUUCAAGAUUUUCUCCGACGCCGGUCGUGUCAUGCGCCCGCUGUUCGUUGUAGAACAAGAAGACGAUCCCGACCGUGGUGUCGAGAGUGGCAGAUUGGUCCUGAACAAGGACAUGAUCCGACGACUGGAACAAGAUGCUACGCUCCCACCCGAUAGUGAAGAUUUCUUUGGUUGGCAAGGUCUCGUCAACGAGGGAGUUAUUGAAUACCUCGAUGCAGAGGAAGAGGAGACAGCCAUGAUUUGCAUGACACCUGAAGAUUUGGAAACUUAUCGACUCGCCAAGCAAGGUAUCGACGUCAGUCAGGACAACAGCGAGGAUCUCAAUGCCAGAUUAAAGACCAAGCUCAACCCUACCACGCACAUGUACACACAUUGUGAGAUUCAUCCCAGCAUGCUUCUGGGUAUCUGCGCCAGCAUUAUUCCCUUCCCGGAUCACAACCAGUCUCCACGUAACACUUACCAAUCCGCCAUGGGUAAACAAGCCAUGGGCUUCUUCCUGACGAACUAUUCUCGUCGUAUGGAUACAAUGGCCAACAUUCUUUACUAUCCUCAAAAGCCUCUUGGUACUACUCGCUCCAUGGAAUUCCUCAAGUUCCGAGAGCUUCCAGCUGGUCAGAACGCCAUCGUGGCAAUUGCCUGCUACUCUGGAUACAACCAGGAAGAUUCCGUCAUCAUGAACCAGAGCAGCAUCGACCGCGGCUUGUUCCGAAGUCUGUUCUUCCGUUCUUACAGCGAUUGCGAGAAACGUGUUGGAAUCAACACCAUCGAACAAUUCGAGAAACCCUUCCGGUCUGACACACUGCGCCUGAAGCACGGUACCUACGACAAGUUGGACGAUGAUGGUAUUGUUGCCCCAGGCGUGCGCGUCAACGGCGAGGACAUCAUCAUUGGCAAGACUUCGCCCAUCAACCCCGAUAAUGAAGAGUUUGGUCAGCGAACAAAAGCCCAUCAGAAGCGCGAUGCCUCAACGCCUCUGCGAAGCACCGAGAGCGGUAUCAUUGAUCAGGUCAUCAUGACAACCAACGCAGAUGGUCUCCGCUACGUCAAGGUUAGGGUGCGAACCACCAAGAUCCCUCAGAUUGGUGACAAGUUCGCGUCUCGACACGGUCAAAAGGGUACUAUUGGUGUCACUUUCCGUCAAGAGGAUAUGCCGUUCAGCCGUGAGGGUAUCGUACCUGAUAUCAUUAUCAACCCCCACGCCAUUCCUUCACGAAUGACCAUUGCCCAUUUGGUCGAGUGUCUCCUCAGUAAAGUCUCUACGCUAAAGGGUAUGGAGGGUGAUGCUACCCCUUUUACCGACGUCACGGUUGAUUCCGUGUCAGCUCUGCUACGUGAGCAUGGCUACCAGUCUCGAGGAUUCGAGAUCAUGUACCAUGGCCAUACUGGUAAAAAGCUCCGGUCACAGGUCUUCUUUGGUCCUACCUACUACCAGCGUCUCCGCCACAUGGUGGACGACAAGAUUCACGCUCGUGCUCGUGGUCCGGUCCAGAUCAUGACUCGUCAACCCGUCGAGGGUCGUGCCAGGGACGGUGGUCUCCGAUUCGGAGAAAUGGAACGUGACUGUAUGAUAGCCCACGGUGCCGCCGCGUUCCUGAAAGAGCGACUCUUUGAGGUUUCGGAUGCGUUCAGAGUUCACGUCUGCGAGAUUUGCGGUCUCAUGACGCCAAUUGCGCACUUGACCAACCAGACGUUUGAAUGCAGACCCUGCAAGAAUAAGACCAAAAUUGCGCAGAUUCACAUUCCCUAUGCGGCCAAACUCCUAUUCCAAGAGUUGCAAGCCAUGAACAUUGCCAGUCGCAUGUUCACCGACCGUUCAGGUGCUUCUGUGCGAUAA